AUGGCAUCUACUUUCGAAGAGAUUUCUAAAAUUCUUCUUUCUCGUACACCAUUGCCAUCUCUACUAGCUCCACCACCAGUUGAUCGUUCAAAAAGUGUGUCCAGUACGCCAUGGAAUCAAACAUUACAUGAUGAUAUAUCUCGAUUAGGAAAAGAUUCUAAUACAUCUCUAUUUGCUAUAGCUAGUCUUCAUUUAUUAAAUGAUGAUAUUGGUUCAUGUCAUGACAUUGUUGAAAAACAUGGUGGACAUGCCAUUGCUGAUUAUCUUCAUUAUUUACUGCAUCGACGAGAAGGAGAUUAUUGGAAUGCAAAAUGGUGGAUACGUCAAUUGAAAAGUCAAGAAUUUAAAUCUGUUUACUUAACAGAACAAUAUAAUUCAUUUAGUAAUGAAAAGAAUAUAAAUAAUUUAUCGAACAAUGCUCAAUUAUCUGAAGCACAAAAACGUGCACAAGCAUUUGUCGAUCGAUGUGAACAAGUAGAAAAACAAAAUAAUGAACAAGAAAAAGAUUUAUUAAAACAAAUGCAAUGGAAUGAAAUGAAAACAGUUUUUAAUUUUGCUCAAAAAUAA